AUGCCGGUCCGGAGGGGCCACGUCGCUCCGCAGAACACCUUCCUGGACACCAUCAUCAGGAAAUUCGACAGCCAGAGUCGCAAGUUUGUCAUCGCCAAUGCCAGAGUGGAGAACUGUGCCAUCAUCUUCUGCAACGAUGGCUUCUGCCACAUGUGUGGUUACUCCCGGGCUGAGAUCAUGCAGAAGCCAUGCACGUGUAACUUCCUCUACGGACCUGACACCAAGCGACUGGCUAUCGCCCAGAUGGCCCAGGCCCUGCUGGGGUCAGAGGAGAGGAAAGUGGAAAUCAACCUCUACCGCAAAGAUGGUCAGUGCUUCCUAUGUAUGGUGGAUGUGGUGCCUGUAAAGAACGAGGAUGGCGUGGUGAUCAUGUUCAUCCUCAACUUUGAGGUGAUGACAGACGACACACUUGUAGACCACAAAGAGGAGAUCAACCAUCGCCUGCCCACCUGGCUCGUCACAGGUCGCCAACGAGGCUUCAAGCUGCGUCUUCCCCUGCUGCGCUCCCUGUCCAACAGCAAAGCUUCUUUGGACGACCCUGAGACCGGUCACAUCCCCAAAGCUACACCUCUGCAGCCGCACUCAGACCACCACAGUCCCGCGACCUUAGGCCUGGGGGAGCUCCUGCCCCGCCCUCACUUACAACCAGACCACCAGGAGAAAAUCAGUGGAAGCAGGUUAGCUCUGCAAAGUUGGCCAGAAGACAGUCGGGAGGACCAGCGCACUUUACUGGGCUCUAGGCGUACUGUACCCCAUCCUCCACCUCAGCUUCCUCCACACGGAACCCACCUGGUGGGUCCCCUGACCCAGUCAUCACCUUGCAUAGGGCCCCAUCACCGCCUCAGCCUCAACCCAGACGCCUCAGGCUCCAACUGCACCUUGUCACAUAGCCGCUCGCGAGAAAGCUUCCACAGCAUGCGUCGCGCAUCCUCUGUAGAUGAGAUCGAAGCCAUGAGGACCGACUGGGAAAGAAAGAACCGGAGAACGAGUAUCCGGCCAGGGAGCACGGGUGCAGUAAACAGUAAAUCCAACAUACUGAACUCCACGUCAGACUCAGACCUCAUGCGGUACCGAACAAUCUCCAAAAUACCCCAGAUCACCCUCAACUUUGUGGAUUUCAAAGCUGACCCACUCAUUGCCAUGCCCACGGGGGAGAUGGACCUCAUAGCUCCCUGCAAACUCAUUGACCGGACGCACCACGUCACAGAGAAAGUCACACAGGUACUGUCACUGGGUGCAGAUGUGUUGCCGGAGUACAAGCUCCAAGCUCCUCGCAUCCACAAGUGGACAGUGUUGCACUACAGCCCCUUCAAGGCUGUGUGGGACUGGCUCAUCCUGCUGCUGGUCAUCUACACCGCCAUCCUGACCCCUUACUCAGCCGCAUUCCUCCUCAAUGACCAGGAAGAGGUUGCUAAGCAGAAUUGUGGUUACUCCUGCUCUCCUCUCAACGUGGUGGACCUGAUGGUGGAUAUCAUGUUCAUCAUUGACAUCCUCAUCAAUUUCAGGACAACUUAUGUGAACGCUAAUGAUGAAGUGGUGAGUCACCCUGUGCGUAUCGCUGUCCACUACUUCAAAGGCUGGUUCCUCAUCGACAUGGUGGCCGCUAUUCCCUUUGACCUGCUCAUCUAUCGCAGUGGAGAGGAGACCACCACUCUGAUUGGUCUGCUGAAGACUGCUCGCCUCCUGCGAUUGGUCCGUGUAGCCAGGAAGCUGGAUCGCUACUCGGAGUACGGCGCAGCUGUCCUGUUCCUCCUCAUGUGCACCUUCGCCCUCAUCGCUCACUGGCUGGCCUGCAUCUGGUAUGCCAUCGGUAGUGUGGAGAGAAAUGGUUCAAUUGGCUGGCUCCACACUCUGGGGGACCAACUGGGAAAACCCUACAAUGACUCCAUCCCAGGUACUGGACCUUCUAUCAAAGACAAGUACGUCACGGCUCUGUACUUCACCUUCAGCAGUCUGACCAGUGUGGGCUUUGGAAAUGUUUCCCCAAACACCAACUCGGAGAAGAUCUUCUCCAUCUGUGUCAUGCUCAUAGGAUCCCUGAUGUACGCCAGCAUCUUUGGGAAUGUGUCAGCCAUCAUCCAGCGGCUGUACUCUGGGACGGCCCGCUACCACACCCAGAUGCUAAGAGUCAGGGAGUUCAUCCGUUUCCACCAGAUCCCCAACCCGCUCAGGCAGAGGCUGGAGGAGUAUUUCCAACACGCCUGGUCCUACACCAAUGGCAUUGACAUGAAUGCUGGUUAUUGGAAGACUUUGUGUCAUUAUGCAUGGUCCGACACCAUCAGGGAAAAUAGGAAUCAUACUGAUGUGCUGAAAGGUUUCCCAGAGUGUCUCCAGGCAGAUAUCUGCCUCCAUCUGAACCGGACCCUGCUGCAGAACUGUAAGGCUUUUAAAGGCUCCACCAAGGGCUGCCUCAGGGCGCUGGCCAUGAAGUUCAAGACCACCCACGCGCCUCCUGGUGACACGCUGGUCCACGCCGGGGACGUCCUCACCGCACUCUACUUUAUAUCCAGGGGAUCCAUAGAGAUACUGAGAGGAGAUGUGGUGGUAGCCAUCUUGGGAAAAAAUGACAUCUUCGGCGAGCCCAUCAACCUGUAUUCCCGGCCGGGUAAAUCCAAUGCUGAUGUAAGGGCUCUCACCUACUGCGACCUCCAUAAAAUCUUCAGAGAAGACGUUCUGGAGGUGCUGGACAUGUAUCCUGAGUUUGGAGACAACUUCUGGAACAACCUGGAAAUCACCUUUAACCUCCGGGAUACCAACAUGAUCCCAGGCUCUCCAAGCAGUGGCGACUCAAACUGUGGGGGAUUCAACAAAUUACGGAGACGCAAGUUAUCAUUCCGACGACGUACAGAAAAAGACGAGGCAGAUGCUGGAGAAAUUAAAAAGUCCCAUAAGUCUGUGAGACGAAGACAUAGGGAGGCAGCUAACAACCAUACGCAGGGGGAGUCACAUCGAAGCUCAGCGUCAUCUCACUCCAGUGGUGAUGAGGGGGAGGAGUCUGUUGUGAUGGGCCUCGCCCCUCCUCCUGAAGUUCUGGGUAACCCUCAGGCUCAGGCCCCGCCCAUGAACUUCAAAGAGAACUAUGAGGCUGAUGGAGACCCCAAGACUGGGAACACCUGCAAUGCCCUGUCAGGUGCUUUCUCAGGCGUGUCCAACAUCUUUAGUUUCUGGGGGGAGAGUCGGGGGGGCGGUCAAUACCAAGAGGUUCCCAGCUGUAGCCUGACUUCCCCGCAGACAAUCAACACGCCGAUAAACAGCCUGAGCCGCCAGCAGCGCAACCAGCUGGACACGCGACUGGACAUGCUGCAGAAACAACUCAACAGGUUGGAGAGUCGCAUGUCAACAGACAUCGGAGCCAUCAUGCAGCUGCUGCAGAGACAGAUGGCUCUGGUUCCUCCUGCUUACAGCGCUGUCUCCACACCACCUCAGGCCUCGCCUUACCCUGGUCCUAGUCCAGAGCCAGGCCCAGGAGAGAGGCUGGUUCAGCCUGUUACACCACUGGAGACAGACACUCUGGCUUCUUUAUCACAGAUCUUGGAUUCCCAGGACUUUGAGGAGUUCCCGGCCAAGCCUGUUGAACCUCUGCAGGCCCAGGAAUCAUCUCUGAUCAACACGAGCCAGGGUCAUCUCACUCCCUCCCGAUUUGACAGCCUGGGGCAGCAUCUGGAGCUGGAGCUGGAGCUGGGCCUGGGGUCUGGGGCUGCGGUAGUUUCAGGCCCAGCAACAGGCUCAAGUUUAGAGUUGGAGUUAGGGAGCACGGCGGCUGGGGGCUCAAGCUUAGGAGCAGAGUUAGACUUUGGCUCAGAGAUGUGUGUCGGGUCCGGGAUAGGGCUGGCGACUGGCUCAGGAGCAUCUCCUCUGGAUUCUGAAACUCAAAGGAGGCUGUCCCUCCAAGAACCGCAGACGCCACUGGACUCAAGGACACCACAGAGACACAGCUCCGACCCCGGGGGGAGCUAA